AUGGUAAGACCUAAAAAAGCGUCAAAUUUGUUUAGUGAUGAGUGCAGGCCUGCUAAAAGUAGUGAAUUAGCAAUACACUCAAAGAAGCUUGCCGAGCUAAAAACCUGGCUGACCGAUAAUUGCUUAAAUCGCGGAAAAUCUUACCCAAAGUGUCUUCUGCUAACCGGACCAAGUGGUUCUGGCAAAUCGACGUCUCUUGAAGUUCUGUCGAAGGAACUGAAUAUUGAGCUUGUCGAUUAUGAGCCGGAAACCCUAUAUGACGAAAAUCUGACCCCAGAAAAUGAUGGUCUAGAAUCUCUUGGCAAAUUUCUUAGCCAAUCCGGAGCCCGAUUCAAUCCGCGAAGGAAGAUCCUUCUAGUGAUCACAAAUCUCCCAGACGAAGCCUACAAUGAUAUUCUAGGAUUUCGUCAGACGGUAUCAGAAGCCCUUCAGAAUCUCCACAUCCCUGUUAUAUUCUGCCUCAGCGAUGUCGAUUCGUGUUGGCACCUCAACCAUCGUCGCCUUUUUACGAACACUUUUGUUAUGUCAAAUAAUAUCGAAAUCAUGAAAUUCAAUUCUGUCGCGACCACAUAUCUGAAAAAGGCGAUUCAAAGAGCUGCUGAACUCCUAUUUUUACCGCUAUCGAAAACCAAGCUUGAAGCAAUUGAGCAUGAAGCUAAUAAUGAUCUCCGAAUCGCCAUGAACAUCCUCCAAAUGAAUCUCGUCGGCACUUCGUCAAGCGUCGUCGCCUCCAGCAAGUAUUCGCGAAAGCGGCAGAGCGUCGAAAUUCUGUCGAAUGGCAAAGCGAAUAAGGAAGACAUGUUCCACAUGCUUGGCCGGAUUCUCUACGCGCAUCGUAUUAGUCCUGAAGAUUCGCAGCUUCCGAAAACGGCGAAACGCAAGAAACGCGCUGAAAGUCAGAUGCUGAUGGUUGACACGAACGAAAGGAAGCCUCUCGAACACGACGUGAAUGAUAUCAUUCAAAUGUCAAGCAUGCCAAGUGAAAAGAUUCUCGCGUUUCUUCAUGAGCACGAGCCGAAAUUUCAGCAGAAUCUCGAAGCGCUCCGAAAAGUGUCGGCGUGCUUCUCGGAAUGUGAAAAUAUGACUUCGAAUUGGACAGUCAAACAAAGACUUCCUGAUGAGUACGUCGCGCAGGUGGCUGCUCGUCAUGUGAUGUUCUACAACUAUGGAAUCAACACAUCCGGAUUCCGUUCACUGAACGGACCACUAUCUUCGGACCUGACAAAGGAGAUCGACAACUCCAAAGAUGAGCUCCGGAGAUUGCCGAGAAUCGGUGACGCCCAAUAUGUCGCCUUAACAAUCCCAUAUUUGGCUUUCAUCAGCCCCUGCAUGGACCCAAACAAUAUAUCGUGCUAUUUAGCGCGACCGUUUAAUAUAUCGUGGAAAUCGGGACGAGACUCAAUUUGUCAUCAGAUGGAGAAUUUGGGAAACACCGCAUUUUUCAAGAAGCUGACUUCAAAAAAGCGGAAGAGGGACGAAAUUGAGCAGAAAUUCGCUGAAAACCAAAAUGGCAAAGACUAUGUCGAUGAGAAGAUUGAAAUCGAGGAAUCAGAUUAUGACAGCUUCGAUGAUAUGUGA